AUGGGGACUGCGCGACGCCCGCAGCGGGACUUCCCGGGCGCCACCUCCCCGCGCGGCCGAGCGGGGCCCCCUCCUCGUGCCCGCCAUGAGGCAGGAUCCCGCGUGUGCCCCGCGGCGGGGCAGGACCCCUCGGCAUCACUGAGCAAACAUGCUGUGUACCCAAGUGACCUGCUCCUUUCCUUGCCCGCGUACCAGGAGGUGAUCACGGAAGCCUCUUUGCAUCUCUUCAAUGCCACGAGAGGCAGAGCCCAUUUCAGGAGCGUGAAGAUCCUGAUUCCCCCAACAUGGACCGAGAAGGGUUAUGAGGCACCAAAGCACGAGUCCUAUGACACGGCAGAUGUCAUUGUGGCACCUCCUUACUGGAAACAUGGAGAUGACCCAUACACUCUUCAACCUGGAGCAUGUGGACAGAUGGGAAAAUAUAUCCAUUUCACACCUAACUUCUUAGUAAAUGAUAAUUUGAUGGAUAUAUAUGGCUCACGGGGCCGAGUCUUUGUCCAUGAGUGGGCCCACCUUCGCUGGGGGGUCUUUGAUGAGUACGACAGCGAGAGACCUUUUUAUGUAACUGCACGGAAUCAGGUUAAGGUUACAAGGUGCUCCUCUGAUCUUACUGGCAUCUAUGUCUGUGAAAAAAAAUCGUGUACUGAAGGUAGCUGUGUUAUUAAUAAGCUAACAGGGCUUUUUAAGGAAGGAUGCACAUUUAUUCAUGAGAGAAAUCAAACUGCAGUAUCAUCAAUAAUGUAUAUGCAAAGUUUGUCAUCCUUGGCUGAAUUCUGUGAUGAACAUAACCAUAAUAGAGAAGCACCCAACCUGCAGAAUCGAAUGUGUGACUACAGAAGCACAUGGGAAGUAAUCAAAAAUUCUACAGAUUUUAAAAAUAACCCUCCAGUGACCAACAGCAGCUACAUUACUCCUCCUUCCUUCUCAUUGCUGCAGAAGAGAGACAGAGUGAUAUGUUUAGUGCUUGAUAUUUCUAAGACUAUAAGUGGGAAUAACUGGAUCAAUCGAUUGCAUCAAGCAGCAGAAUUGUAUUUGCUGCAAAUUGUGGAAGAAAAUUCUUACGUUGGUAUUGUCACAUUCAGUCACACAGGAGAGAUCAAGGCUUCCGUGCGUCAGAUAGUGGGCAACGCUGUUCGGAAGCAGCUUGCUUCCCACUUACCUGCAGCUCCAGGGAGCAAGACAACGAAUGUCUGUGCAGGCCUCCAGCUGGCACUGGAGGUCAUCAGGAAGAAAGAUGGAAAUACAUAUGGAUCUGAAAUUGUACUGGUGACAGGUGGACAAGACAGUAGUAUGAAGAAGUGUUUUUCUGAUAUGGUUAACAGUGGAUCAGUCAUUCAUACUAUUACUGUUGGGUCUUCAGCUGCCAAGGAAAUCGAACAUUUCUCCAAAGAGACAGGAGGGCUGAAGUUUUUUGUCCCAGAAAGACUGGACUUCAGUGACUUACUGGAUGUUUUUAGUGGAAUUUUGUCCAGAAGUGGAGAUACUUUCAAUCAAUCUAUUCAGAUUGAAAGUGCUAGUGACAGUAUUGGAGGGUACAAGGAACUGAGUAGGACAGUGACUAUUGAUAGCACAGUGGGAAGAGAAACAUUCUUUGUAGCCACUUGGCAAACGCCGGGAGCGCCUGCAAUCACACUCUCUGAUCCUAGUGGGAAAAGUUACACCAACAAGGACUUUGACAUUGAUUCCAUUUUCCAUGUAGCUCGUCUCCAGAUUCCAGGAAUUGCAGAGAAAUCUGCAGGGGUUGAAAUAAUUCUCACACGGAGUCCCACUAACAUUAAGAUGAUCCCAUGUUCUGACAUUGCCAAGCAUGAUGGUAUCUAUUCAAAGUACUUGUUUUCUUUCCCUGGGAAUGGCAGAUACAGCCUGAAAGUCCACGUCCACGCUAGCACAACUAUCAUACCACAAAGCGCGAUGCCGUGGAGUCAUGCCAUGUAUAUACCAGGUUAUGUGGAAAACGGUAAAAUCAAGAUGAACCCAUCAAGACCCUCAGUUAUUAGAAAUGAUCUUCAACUCAAAAGAGGAGGUUUCCACAGAACAGCUGCAGGAGGCUCCUUUAUAGUAUCCGCGGUUCCAGUGGGACCUUAUGCUGAUGUGUUUCCACCUUGCAAAAUUAUCGAUCUUGAUGCCAGAAUAGAAGACAAUAAAGUUGUAUUAUCAUGGACAGCACCAGGAGAUGAUUUUGACAAAGGCCAAGCUGCAGGUUAUGAAAUCAGAACAAGUGAAACUCCUCUGGAAUUAAGGGACAACUUUUAUAAGUCCACUUUUGUGAAUGCUUCCAGUCUUUCACCUGAGCAUGCGGGUUACAAAGAAAUAUUUGCAUUUAAACCAGAAGCUUUUACAACAGGAAACAUCAGCAUCAUCUACGUAGCUAUACGGGCCAUGGAUGAAGUCUUUCUUCACUCUGAGCUGUCUAACAUUGCACAGGCAGUAAUGUUUAUUCCUCCAAUGGACUAUCCUACUUCUAAUGUAGAGUUUAGUGUUUCAACAAUAUUGUUAUUAGUCUUUGGAUUAUUAGCAGUAGCUUGUCUUACAGGGAGUAUAACUUUCUGUUUAUUAAAGAAAAACAACAAAAAGACAGAAACUACAACUAAAUUGCUUUAA